AUCGUUCCUGCAAUAUUUAUUCGUUCUUUGCAGUUUUUUGCUUCAAAAACUGCAGCUAUUGGCAGUAGUCUCACUUCAAAUAGAACCAGAUCUACGUUAUUCAAUCUGUCUUCAAUCAAUAGUUCUAGCUCCUCCCAGAGGAGUGAUAAUGGGGGAGAAGGUGACAUGACAUCAGCUCAAGAUAUUGAGUAUUGGCUUCAAAGAUGUUCGAUUUGUUUCGAUGCUCAACUCGAUUUCUGUUUGGAAUUAUGUAGAGAUCAAUUUUGUAGAGAUUGUUUCCAAAGAUAUGUUAAGGAGGUAGUUCAGAAUUCCUGGGGACUUGGCAUUACUAAAGUUAAGUGUCCUGUAUGUCAAGACAUUAUUCCACAAUCAGAAUGGAGCAAGUACGUAGACCAAAACGUUAUUGACUUAUAUAAUACUUAUAAUAAACCGUACCGUUCGUUUUCACGGUGUUGCUCUGAAUGUGGUGAAGAAGUUUUUGCCGCACAAGUAUUUCAAGUGUGUGCUGAAGAGAAAGAGAAAUAUUUUAAAGAAAUCUCUGUUCUUCUUGGUAAAUAUUUUGAUACGUACGGUUCAGGAAAAAACUACAAAGGAAAAAAUACUUUAAAUCGUGUCACAAAAAAUCAAAGUGAUAUUGAUAGUUUUCUCGAAAGAUAUCAGGCAGAUUAUUUAGCAUAUAUAUCGGGUGAAGAUCCUAAUAUUGGAGUAAUGGAAAUGUACGAAUAUAUUGCAAAGAAAUUGGGGGAAAGCCUCGGCUUGAGCAUGGACGUCAACAAUCGACGUCCUUCAAAAUUUUCACGACGCAAGUUAAAAACUCAUACAGACAUGGUUAAAUCUGCAGCAGAAAUUUCUUCAAAGAUUGUUGCAUUGGAGGUCCGACCUGAUGCGUGGAAAGAACUGCAGUUCAUGCACGUGGCAAAUUUCCCCCAAUCUCAUUGUACCCGUUGUAACAAUGAUAUUUGCCUUCAAUGUGGAGAGUCUACUCAUCACCCUGGCAUGACUUGUAUUCAAUUUAUGCGCUAUAAAGUUGCUAAUCCUCACUUGUUCAUUAUUAAUCACUGUCAUGUUCAUAAGGAUGCACUCGAAAAUAUGAAAUGGAAACUUGCGAAUUCAAAGUCUUGUCCAAAUUGCUCUAUUCUUAUUAACCGUUAUGACGGAUGUAAUAAAGUUGAUUGUUUACACUGUGGUUAUAGAUUUUGUUGGAUUUGUAGAAAUAGAUGGUCAGAGAAUUGUGGUUUUUAUAAGUGCAGAAUGUCAAAAACAAAAAGAAAGCGGGAUAAGGAGAAGUAUCCUGCGGGAAGUCAACGACAACGAACUUCGCAAUUCAAGAGACAAGCACAAAUGCAUAUACAAGAAGUAGCAGUGGAGAAUAAUGAAGUUAAUGAAGUGGCGGGACAAUCACGGGAAACACGAGACGACGUGGAAAUGAAAUCAAGUGAUUUCAGUGUAUAA